CCUCUUGAAAGGCUUCAGGUUUGUAAGGAGUAAAGCACGGAAGGACUUUACUCCUGGACCUACUUGGGAAGACUGGGCAGUGUUGUUAAACUUAAAUCUUUAAACAUCUUUCCGGACUUGAUCCCGUUUGGGAUCAAAAGUCUUUUCCUCUGCAUUAUUCCCCGGGAAACCGUAAACAGAGCUUACGGGUCUACGUGUAUGUAUUAUGUAUAUGCAUUUGUGCGUGUAUUGUGAUAAAUGAUAAGGUGGUUGGAAAUAUGCUAUCUCCAAACCGUUGAUGAAUACAGAUACCCUGGCAGCACUCCAGUCUUCUUUUGUUCGUGUUUAUUCUUUUGCCUUGCUGUCUGGCAAGGCUUUGCAUUUCGAAGAAAACUGAAGAUUCAGCAAAAUUACAAGAAAUUGCUAUGGAAGACAAAAAAGGCUCAAACCUCACAAGAAUCCCAAUUCACAGAUCGAUACCCAGAUCAUCUGAAACAUCUCUAUUUAGCUGAAGAGGAAAGACUUAGAAAGCAACUUAAAAAAGUUGACCAAACUUUCUCAGAAGGACAAAUUGACCAACCUUUAAGAGAACAGUGUGGCGUUGAUCAGGCUUUGUCUGAAGAACACUGUAGCAUUGAGCAGCCUCUACCAGCAGGACAAAGUAGCGAAACAGUAAACUCCAUUGCUACUUCAAAGAAAUGUAAAAAGAAAACAUCAAAUCAGAAAGCACAAGAAGAAUAUGAACAGGUAAAAGCAAAGCGUGCUGCUAAGAAACAAGAAUUUGAGAGAAGAAAACGAGAGAGAGAAGAAGCUCAGAGACUCUACAAAAAGAAGAAAAUGGAAGUGUUCAAAAUAUUGAGCAAAAGGACUAAAAAAGGCCAACCAAAUUUGAAUUUACAAAUGGAGUAUCUUCUUCAAAAAAUACAAGAAAAUAAAUAAAUCAGACAUUUUGUCCUUAAUCAAGGGUUAAAAUA